AUGCUGGUGGUCGGCGUCCUGCUAGCGUUGGCGCCGGGCCGGACCGCAGGCGCCCUGAGAGCGAGCAGACGUCCGGCGCGGCCGCGGGGCUGCGCCGACCGGCCGGAGGAGCUCCUGGAGCAGCUGUACGGGCGGCUGGCGGCGGGCGUGCUCGGCGCCUUCCACCACACGCUGCAGCUGGGGCCGCGCGAGCAGGCGCGUAACGCGAGCUGCCCGGCAGGGGGCAGGCCCGGCGACCGGCGCUUCCGGCCGCCCACCAACCUGCGCAGCGUGUCGCCGUGGGCCUACAGAAUUUCCUACGACCCCGCCAGGUACCCGAAGUACCUGCCCGAGGCCUAUUGCCUGUGUAGGGGCUGCCUGACCGGGCUGUUCGGGGAGGAGGACCUGCGCUUCCGGAGCGCCCCGGUGUACAUGCCCACCGUCAUCCUGCGGCGGACCUCGGCCUGCGCGGGCGGCCGCUCGGUGUACGCGGAGGAGUACGUCACCGUGCCGGUGGGCUGCACCUGCGUCCCCGAGCAGGAGAAGGAAGCAGACAGCAUCAACUCCAGCAUGGACAAGCAGGGCACCAAGCUCCUGCUCAGCCCCAGUGACAAGCCGGGCCGGCCCUGA